AUGGCCUCCGUCACAUGCCUGGCCCUGGAGCCUUCUUUGGCUUCCAAGUGCGCGCCUCUUGUCACAGAACUCAAGGGAUAUCCCUCUAUAUCUCCAUCUGAGAUGGCCAAGGUCAAAAGGAUCGAUCCACCGGGAAAUGAGCCUGGCCGUCGACAAUCACAGACAUCGACAUCUACUUCGAUCAGCCACUCUCGCUCAGCAUCCCGCAGUACUGUGCCAUCCCGACCCAACAGUCGUCGCAGUUCCGUUCACUCACCGCGCCGGGCUGUGCCCAACGCUGCCAUCGUACCUAUCACCACAACUCGCAGUUCCAUACAGGACAAGCGCGAGUCAUUACUAGCCCUACACCGGGAGUCAUGCCGUCUGUUUCAAGGCGAUGCAUCAAACAGAUCCUCGACCGAGACAAGACCUUCUCUACACCGGACAGCAUCAGCUACAUAUAGAUCGCAGCAUGAGAGCCACACAUCAGAGAAAGGCAGCUCGGCACCUUCAUCCCCAAUCAUACCUUCAUAUUCUGGCUUCCGCUUUGAGUCUGAGUCUACUUUACCAAGCUCAACGAGCCCACCGCACUUUAUCACACCAAGAGAUCGAUCAAACACCUUGCCCAGCAGACACCACCACAGCCCCUCGUCCUCGUCCAUCCACGUCCCGGCGACAGUAAUGGAAUGGACCUCACCUGAUACCCGGCGGCGUGAGUACGAGAAGAUUGACCGGGCAAGUAGUGGUGUCCGGGGCCUCUGGCGCCGGGUCGCGCCCCGCUGCUUUCAGUCCCGCGACUCGCGCACCCCGUUCUUCGAGGAAGGCAAGACGGAGCGCGAAGGCAGCGUACGUCGGUUCCGUAUGGAUAUCCCCGAAGACGAAGAGCCACAACCGGAGUCUCAAGGAAAGUCGCAACCCCAGCUCUUGGAUUUCCUGGGCAAGACCUCGACCUCCAAGUCGAAUUCUAAUUCAAAUUCCCCUGAUGGCGCUCGAAGACGCUGGACGUGUCUCCGUUCGAAGACUUCUCCCCUUCCUAAUGCCUGA